AGCAGCAGCAGCAGUGACAGCAGCAGUGACAGUAGCAGCAGCAGCAGUGACAGCAGCAGUAGCAGCAGCAGCAGUGACAGUAGCAGCAGCAGCAGUGACAGCAGCAGUAGCAGCAGCAGCAGUGACAGCAGUAGCAGCAGCAGCAGCAGUGACAGUGACAGCAGCAGCAGUGACAGCAGCAGCGACAGCAGCAGUAGCAGUAGCAGCAGUGACAGUGACAGCAGCAGCAGCAGCAGUAGUGACAGCAGCAGUAAGAGCAGCGACAGUGAAGACAGUACCGUCGAGAGCAAAAGCAGUGAGAGCAGCAGUGAGUGCGAUGACGUUGAGGAAAAGGGAAAACCAAAACAGUUUUAUGCAUAUUCUUUUCGAUCUCUGAAGAAAACGAAGUCACAAUCUGAUGGCCCUUCUGAUUCUGACUCUCAGCUGGACUAUAAAAGAAAAGGAGACAUCAUUGAUGAAAACAGCUUAAAACACUCUGAGAUGAGGCCAUACGCCGUUGUUGAUUUCCGCUACGAAUAUCUUGGUAAGCAACCUCGUGGGCAUAAGCUUGUAGUGCUCAAAAGUCCCUCUGCAGUUAAAGUGACAGUGAAAGACAUCGCUCGCCCAGCCAAUCCAGUGGUAUGCUUCACCUACAUGGAGCUCCAUCCUCAUAAAACAGUGGCAAUUCUGAGAGCUGGUCAGGAUUGCAGAGACUACGAUGUUUCACUUGAAGUAGAGACUGGUGUGUUUGCUAAAAGGCCAGCUCUUGAGGCAAAAUUUAAGUACCCUAGGGUUCCUAAGCAAGUGAAUGAUAUGAUAGAUGAAAUUCUUGCAGUGCUCCCUGGAAUUGCCUCCAUGGCAGACUUCUCUCACAAAGUCCAAAAGAAUCCUUCUAAAGAAAUUUCAAUGAUUAUGGCUCUAAAACGUCCAGACGAAUGUCUCAUGGUCAUGAAAUUGCCAGAAGAUCUCCUCUACAAUGACAACUGCAAACUUCCAUAUUCAGUGCCAAUGGAUCCCAAAGCCAAAACUUCAACAAUCGCUGAUAUUCCAAAAUUGCUUUUUGCUAGUCAGAAUGGUAUUUGUACGGUAGAAAGCAGAAGAAUUUUAAAUUUCAACAAAAAAUUCAUUACAAAAGGAUUGCCUGAUGAUUGUUUCAUAAAUGUACUGGGAGAUUGUACUUGUCACAAGAAGCUGAUUGUACUGAUGAAAUACGAAACAGCACACAAUAAUAGUCUUCUAGUUGAAAUCCAUGCACAGGACAUUAUAUGUACCAUGAAGCAGCGCGAUGGUGAGCUCAUUCUAGAAGUAAAUGGCACUAGGUUACAGGAUGGAGUUAUCCCUCGUUCACUGAAACAUGUGCCUCUUCAAUUCAAGGAAACAAAAAGUGAACUGGACUUUAGAAUGCCCUUAGUUGGAUUAGAAAAUGUGCUAUACACAGGAUAUAAUGUCAAGUUUGAAGUUAACCCCUCGAUAGAAAAUUCAUGUGGUAUCUGUGGAUGGUAUGGCUCAGAAGCAAAAGCGUUACGGAGACCAAGUGGCCACAUAGCUAGAGAUGAAGUGAGCUUUGUGCAGUCCUGGGUGGUCCCUGAUAAAUGUGGUGGAGACUGUAAACUGCGACACACAACAGUGAGACAUGAGAAUCCAAUCCUAAUGGAACAGUGUGCUACCAAUCUUCCUGUCGCACGCUGUGCUGAAGGCUGCUCAGCCACCAGUACUACCCAAACCUUAGCUAGCUUCCAUUGUGUGCCAACUGGAUCAACCUUGCCUUCUGACCUGACCGUGCUGGCUGAAAAGUCUGACGAUAUGAUAGACCUAGUUGAAUCUCACACAUCAUGUUCUUGUGAACAGGAACAAUGUGCUGCAUGAGCCUUCAACUGAGCAGACUCAGUGCAUAUUCUCUUGUUUGCUGUGUGGGCUGAUAUGUCAAUUCUAGGCUACUACACAGUUGUUAAUUAAAUUAUUUUAAGAACCCUACUGUACCCUUUUAAAGAAUCCAAUUCUUCCUAAAGUAACUCUAAGCCUUAUUCCAAUAUAACAAAGUCAACUCUAAAUGUAAUGGAUAAUUUUCUAAUAAAUACUUGCAUUCCAAAAGAAAAAAAA